AUGAACCACACAGAAGUGGGGAAUUUCCUCCUGGAGGGUGUUAACCAAAGCCCAGAACUUCAGAUUCCACUUUUCAUCGUGUUCACCAUCAUUUACUUCACUACUGCUUUGGGAAACCUGGGCAUGGUCUUGCUGAUUGUCUUGGAUUCCCAUCUCCACACUCCUAUGUACUUUUUCCUCAGUAACCUCUCUAUGGUGGACUUUGGGUACUCUUCAACGACCACACCCAAAGUGAUAGCUGGGUUCCUUAUAAAAGAAAACGUAAUAUCCUACAAUGCAUGUGCUUCUCAAAUGUUCUUUUUUCUAGCCUUUGCUUCCAUGGAGAAUAUUAUUUUAGCCUUAAUGGCUUAUGAUCGCUAUGCCGCAGUCUGCAAGCCUUUACAUUAUACCACCACCAUGACAACAAGUGUGUGUGUGUAUCUGGUCCUAGGCUCCUACAUCUAUGCUUUUGUGAAUUCCUCUGUCCUCAUUGUGAACACAUUCACCCUGUCCUUCUGUGAGUCCAAUGUGGUCCAUCACUUUUUCUGUGAUAUCCCAGCCGUCAUGAUUCUCUCUUGUUCUGACAAACACGUGAAUGAGAUGGUUCUGGUUUUCAUUUCCAGUUUCAAUGUCUUUUGUGCUCUUCUUGUGGUAUUGAUUUCUUACCUGUUCAUAUUUAUUACCAUCUUCAAAAUGCAGUCAUCUAAGGGCUAUCAAAAGGCUUUGUCCACCUGUACUUCUCACCUUACUGCAGUUUCCAUAUUUUAUGGGACUGUCAUCUUCAUGUACCUCCAACCUAGCUCCAGUCACUCCAUGGAUACAGACAAAAUUGCAUCUGUUUUCUAUGCAAUGAUCAUCCCCAUGCUGAACCCUAUGGUCUAUAGCCUGAGGAACAAAGAGGUCAAGAGUGCCUUCAGAAAGGUAAUUGACAAAGUCAAAUCAUCAUUUCAUUUGCUUAAUUAUCAUUCCCUUUAUUUGAGAAUUAUUGACUUUUAUAUGAGUCCUAUUGCCUUGCAUUUUCAUAGUUUCUGUGCUGUUGCACUGCGAUUUCCAAGAGCUACCUCUGCUAUUUUAGUGCUGGAUGACACCCAGGCUCUGCUCUGCCAGGAUCUUUUGGUCUGCUGUUACUAUUUCAGCAAUACUUGGCAAUUUUACCCCAAAUUUACCCGAGCCCACAGUUGGUGGGUUGCUCAGUAUGAUCAAAAAGAAUGCUGA